UCAUUCUGUUUGUGACUUAAAGACUGGAAAAAUGUAUAUAUUUCCUGAUAUUGAACGCUAUGAACAUCCGAGAAUUGAUAUUUUGGAUACAAUAACAUUAACAUGGAGAGUUGUUUAUAAUUAUAAUUAUUACAUAGAUGGAAUGAUUGGUUAUACUGUCACUUUAUUACCAAAUGGUAACAUUGCUUAUAUAGGAGGUAUUGAUUCUUAUGGUUCACUAGUAUCGAUGUCAAAGAAAAAUUAA